AUGAGUGAUAUAGAGGCGACAACCUCACAGUGCUUUCGCCUUUAUGGCCGACUGUUUACCAAAAAGAAGAAAUUGUUAUUGGAUAUCCAAUUCCUAACAAAGUGUAGAAGAAGGGGUUUGGUUCCAAAAUUUAUAAGCAUAAAAGCAUCGACACAUAGUCGAGCAAGUGAUAAAGCCACCAAAAGUGCACAAAAAAUAUGGUUGGCUGAAGAAAUUAAAUCCAAACAUCAAUCAUUAUCAAUUGUUGAAGAGCAGCUAUACGCGCUUCACUUGAAGCUAUUGAGAAAAGAAGAAUUCCACACAGCUGCCGAGUGCAUAGUGCUGCAGUGCGCCGCGAAGAAAAAGAUGUGUUGGCAGACGGCGCUUAGUGGUUUAAACGGCAAUCUGUGCAAACGUAUAAUUGCUACAAAACAAAAGCACCGCAAAAAAUUGGCUUCUCUUGCAAACGGCCAGCCAACAAAGAAGAAUACGGGGGUACCAAAAACUAUUGAGAAAUUUGUAGUGAAUCUGUCGUCAAUUCAAUUGACGGAAGAUGAGAAUGCCAUGCUAAAUAAAGGGUUGAAUUUUGCCGUGGCCCAAGAAAGUGCCCCAGUUGCCGAGAUAGUGAACAAUAUCGAAAGCGCUAUACAGUUUAGGAAUUUUCCUUCCAAAGCUGCUCUGCGCCACGAUGUUGAGAAUUCUAUUCUCAAAGCCGCAAAAAGGAAAAAGUGUCGCUCAAAACGGGGGAUAGGCAGUCCUGAAAAAGUUAUUGCUCAGCUUAAAAAACAUGAAGUUGUUUUUACGCGGGCGGAUAAAGGUAAUGCCGUAGUAAUUUUGGAUCGACAAGAUUACGACAAUAAGGUUCGGGACAUGAUUUCUACAGGGCCGUACGAAGAAUGCAUGUACAAAAAUGGCAAGCCAAAAGAUCCUCUCAAUUCGUUGAUCGAGGAGGCUAACAACGCAAGUAUGGGAAGCAAACUCUCCCCUUUGCUCGCUGAGCUGUUCAUGAGCGAUUUUGAAGGCGAUCUCGAAAAAAGGGAAAAACUUUUCCCCCGAGUUUGGUGGCGCUACGUCGACGAUAUCUUCGCCACAGUUAAAGAAAGAUAUCUCCCACAAACUCUCGAGCUCUUGAAUAGCCAACACAGCUCGAUCAAAUUCACCGUCGAAAAAGAAGUGGAUGGAAAACUCCCUUUUCUCGACCUGCUCAUCUCCAGAAAAGAUGAUAGCACGGUGAAAUUUGGAAUCUACCGAAAACCGACAUCAACCGAUCGCUACAUAACGGUAGAUUCAAAUCAUUCUGGUGCACAAAAACAAGCUGCGUUUCAUUCAAUGGCACACCGUUUGUUCAACAUACCGAUGGAAAACAGCGAGUUUGAAAGCGAAAAAGAAAGGAUUUUAUUGGCGGCCAAUCUGAACGGUUACUAUGAAGAAUUUGUGUAUAAAAUCCUACGCAAACACGAAAGAAAAAGGUUCCGAAGUAAUGCCACCACUUUCAAACCAGAAAAGGAAGAAUCCCAAAGGGUCAGUUUGCCGUUCCACCCACCACUGACCAAUGAUAUUCGGAAGAUCCUCUCCAACCACGGUUUGAAAGUGGCUUACAAAAGUUCCAACACCCUAAAAGAUUGUUUGGUUUCACUAAAGGAUAAGGUGCCUCCGGAGGAAAGAUCUGGUAUCUACGAGAUACCUUGCGAGGCCUGCCCGGCGGUCUAUAUUGGCCAAACAAGGCCGUUGACCCAGAUCGCUGUCAGCUCUACAAUAAAGCACAGUAAGGAUGAAUGA